UGUAUUCAUCCAAUCAGCAAAUAUUUACUGAGCAUCUACUAUGUGCCAGGCACUGAGCUAAACCCUGGGGUGUAUCAGGGAACAGUAUAGACAAAAAUUCCUAUCUGAUGGAGCUAACAGUCUUCUAAGAGGACAAGUAGUGGAGCAAACAUGUAAAUUUCAGGUGGUAAGAUGUUAAGUGGUUUGCAAAUAACCUCUUCGGUGGGAGCUGUGACGGGAAGGGCAUAUUUUCAAAUAUUUCAGAGUGGGCGGUCACAGGUGGCUUCUGUGUGGACGUGACCUCUGAGCCAAGCCCUGAAUAGAAAAAGUCAGUCACUUAUACAGGCAUCUGGAAAAAGAACAUUCCAGGGAGAGAACAGCAAGCACAAAGGCCCUGAGGCAACGACAAGCGUAGUAUGUUCUUGGAGCAUGGAGGAGGCCAGAAUGGCUGGAACAGGGUGAGCGAGGGGAGAAUAUUAAGAGAUGAGAAUGAAGAGGUAGUAGUGGCCAGAUUACAAAAGGCCCUAUAGGCUGAGGCUAGGAGAUGAUAUUUGUUUAUAAUAGUUGGGAGCCUCUGGGGAGUUUUAAGCAGAGGAAUGUCAAAGGCUGAUUUAUGUCUUCAAAGGAGCUCUGUGGCUUCUCUGGGAAGAAUGGAUUUAGAGGAGUGAAGGUCCCACCAGGGAGACCAGUGGGGGGCUGUUGCAUGUAUCUAGAAGAGUGGUGGUGGUUGUGGGGGAUAGGAAAGGAAUGGGGGGUUUUGAGAUAAAUGUUGGGGGCACAGUGAGUGGAAUGUACUGAGGGAUUAGAGGGAAGGGCAUGGUGCUGGAAGAAAGGAGAUCUCUGGGGAGAAAGGGGUGCUGUUGACUUGGAUGUUUGGAGGGAGGAGAAAUGGGGACACUUGGGUGAGAGGCAGGAAGUCUUCUUCCCAUAGGCUGUUGAGACAGGCUGCAGGAACUUGAAUCAUGCCAUCCUGAUGUCUGUAAGCAGAGGAGAGGUCACAGCGGAUCCCCAGUUAAAGACUGAAGGCAGGGGCCUGCUCACGAUGACCCCCAGGCGUCCAUUCCACGUGCAGGGGCUGGAGUUUCCAGCCUUCCCCAUUCCCAGGAGAACGGAAAAACUAACUCCUCCCUCUCGAACUGAAGGGCUGAGAGUGGUAACCUCUGAGUUACUGAGCACUCAGGCCAGCCCCGUGUCAAGCUCAACAAAUUCUCUCCUAUACCUCCCGAGAUGGGGGAAUGGAGACAAGCUGGGGUGGGAGCGUCUCCCUGGAUCCUCCCUGGCCGACCCUGAAGAUGGAGAGCCAGGAAGGAAGGCAGACAGGAAGAGGAGGCUACCCCUGCCCACUUGGCUGUUUCCCCAGGAGCUUCAGCUGUGUCGUGAUGUGUGUGGCCUGAACGUCUCUGACCGCUGUCCCUUCAUCCGGACCACCCCUGACUGCCGCAGUGAAGGGGGUUACCUGAACUACCUCGAAGGCGUCUUCUGCUACUUCCCACCUGACCUCCUCCCUCUGGCUGUCACCCUUUAUGCUUUCUGGCUGCUUUACCUGUUUCUGAUUCUGGGAGUCACCGCGGCAAAGUUUUUCUGCCCUAACUUGUCAGCCAUCUCCACCGUGCUCAAGCUGUCCCACAAUGUGGCAGGCGUCACCUUCCUGGCGUUUGGGAACGGCGCACCCGAUAUCUUCAGCGCCCUGGUGGCUUUCUCGGAUCCGCGCACGGCCGGCCUGGCCUUUGGGGCGCUGUUUGGUGCGGGUGUGCUGGUCACCACCGUGGUAGCCGGCGGCAUAGCCAUCCUGCGCCCCUUCACAGCCGCCUCCAGGCCCUUCCUCAGAGACAUCAUUUUCUACAUGGUGGCUGUGUUCCUGACCUUCACCGCACUCUACCUCGGCAGGGUCACGCUGCCAUGGGCCCUGGGUUACCUGGGCUUGUACGUGUUCUACGUGAUCACUGUGGUUCUCUGCACCUGGAUCUACCGAUGGCAGCGGAGGCGGUCCCUGGUCUACUCCAUGCCAGGCACUCCAGAAAUGCUCUCAGAUUCUGAGGAGGAGCCCGUGUCUUCCAACAGCUAUGACUACAGUGAAGAGUACCGACCACUGCUCUUCUAUCAGGAGACCACGGCUCAGAUCCUGGCCCAUGCCCUCAACCCCCUGGAUUACAGGAAGUGGAGGAGCAAGUCAGUGUCUUGGAGGGCCCUCAAGGUGUUCAAGCUGCCCGUGGAGUUCCUGCUGCUUCUCACGGUCCCUGUUGUGGACCCCGACAAAGAGGACGGGAACUGGAAACGGCCCCUCAACUGCCUGCACCUGGUCACCAGCCCGCUGGUCUUGGUCCUGACCCUGCAGUCGGGGGCCUAUGGCGUCUAUGAGAUAGGUGGCCUCCUUCCUGUCUGGGCCGUCGUGGUGAUUGCGGGCACGGCCGUGGCUGCGGUGACCUUUUUUGCCACAUCCAACAGCGAGCCCCCCAGGCUUCACUGGCUCUUUGCUUUCCUGGGCUUCCUGACCAGCGCCCUGUGGAUCAAUGCGGCAGCCACAGAGGUGGUGAACAUCCUGCGGACCCUGGGAGUGGUCUUCCGGCUGAGCAACACUGUCCUGGGGCUCACGCUGCUGGCCUGGGGGAACAGCAUUGGAGAUGCCUUCUCAGAUUUCACACUGGCCCGCCAGGGUUACCCGCGGAUGGCAUUCUCAGCCUGUUUCGGCGGCAUCAUCUUGAAUCUGCUGGUGGGAGUGGGGCUGGGCUGUCUGCUCCAGAUCUCCAGGAGCCCCGCGGCGGAGGUGAAGCUGGAGCCAGAUGGACUGUUGGUGUGGGUCCUGGCGGGCGCCCUGGGCCUCAGCCUUGUCUGCUCCCUGGUCUCGGUCCCGCUGCAGUGCUUCCAGCUGAGCAGAGUCUACGGCUUCUGCCUGCUCCUCUUCUAUGGGAGCUUCCUCGUGGUGGCCCUGCUGACGGAAUUUGGGGUGAUUCGCUUGAAAAGUGUCUGAGUGCCGCCUUGCACCUGGGGCCGCCUGGUGGCCGGGAGGUGUCACUGCAGGUGGCGAGAUGGACGUCAGUCUGCGGGGGGACGGCUGCCUCUGCUGGAGGUUCCUGGUUGUCGCCCUGCGCAGGGACAACAGCUAAGCCUUGUUUCUGGGACAUCGGAGACGAGGCUGUGCUGUGGACAAAGCUGCGGACAGAAGGUAGACUUCCUUCUGCCUUCUUGGCUUAUCUGUGGAGCCUCUUGGAGGCUGAGUGCCUUCCGGGCUGGUGCCAGAAGGGCAGUGGAGUGUUCCAGGGCCUGUAGCCGUGCCCUGCUGCCUUCCUGCAUCUUCUCCUCAGGGCUCACUCAAACCGCUGCCAAGCCCGGGCUUAUUAGGGUGACAGGGCAUCUCAGAGGGUGGGCAGAACACAGUGAGCGGCAGGCCAUCCCGGGCUGAGUCUGAGAGCUGCACCAUCCAACAGAACUAGAAUGUGAGACCCAUACUGAAUUCUGAAAUUUCUAGUCGCCAUGUUAAUAAAAGUCCAAAGAAACAGGUCCUCUAUUAUAUGCAUUAGUGAAUGGCUCCAAAAUGUGAGCCUAUGGCCCUGGCCCAAUUACGGCCACUGGCUUGGAUGGCACAGCUCUAGCCUCUACCUCUAGAAAGGCCUGCUGGCUGCUGGCAGACUCCUCUGUACCCUGAACCUUGGGUUUUUCCCCAGCUGUGCAACAGGCAUCAGUUGGACCAUGCCCUGUCCUACCUCAGGGGGAGCCCUGGGCCGGGGUGCCAACACCUGGAAGCUCUAGGGAGGACGGAGUGGGUGCUCCCCAGUGCCUUCCCGCUGCCUUUUCAAAAAGCAGCUCUCCAGUUUGCCUGACUGCCUUCUGCCAGCAGCAGCGAGGCGAUUCAAAUGUCUUUUUUUCCAGUGAAAAAAUUAAUAAAUAUUUCAAGUGUC